AUGAAAGAAGUUUUUAUUCAAAACUCGUGGUACAAAGCUGAAGACGAUUGCCUUGAAUGGGGAGGUCAUCUGGCAUCGAUCUCAGAUCUCGAGGAAAACGAGUUUGUUCGAGGUCUUCUACGAGGUGAUAGUGCGUGGAUUGGUGUGAACGACGUGCACAGGGAGAACACAUUUGUGAAUUCCGAUCGCAGUCCGCUGGUCUUUAAACACUUCAAGAAAGGUCAACCGGACAAUAGCGGUCAUGACGAGAACUGUGUGGAAAUGCUGUCAAAUGGUGAAUGGACGGACGCAUUCUGCUUGGUUACCAGGCCAUUUGUGUGCAAACGAUGA